AUGUAAUGACUAUUCGGUAGAAGAAUUUGAUUAAGGCAGGAAUAGUCAGUAUGAAAACAUACGUGAUAGUAUUUUGCGUUUUAAGUUUUACUGUUUCCAAUGUAAUUGGACAGAAGAAGAAUCACUUUGCUGGAGGAAGAAACACGAUCGUACAGCUGUUUGAAUGGCACUGGGAUGCUAUUGCCAAUGAAUGUGAGAAUUUCUUGGGACCGAAAGGAUUUGCUGGAGUACAGGUAUCUCCACCAAAUGAGAAUUGUGUAGUAAAUGGCAGACCGUGGUGGGAAAGAUAUCAACCAGUAAGCUAUCAACUCAUUACCCGAUCUGGAGAUGAAACUGCAUUUGCGAAUAUGGUACGACGUUGUAAUAACGCAGGAGUCAGAAUCUACGUUGAUGUUGUCAUUAACCACAUGUCGGGGAUUACUGGUAAUGGUACCGGAGGAAAGUCAUCUGAUGCUGGUUCUUUAUCCUAUCCAGGAGUACCAUUCGGGCCGAACCACUUUCAUUCUCGUUGUGAUAUUAAUAAUUAUCAAGAAUCGCACAAUAUUAGAAACUGUGCACUUACCGGAUUACCAGAUUUGGAUCAGAGUCACGAACAUGUUCGUAAGAAAAUUGUCGAGUACCUCAACCAUUUAGUAGAUCUGGGAGUCGCAGGAUUUAGAGUGGAUGCUGCUAAGCACAUGUGGCCCGCUGAUCUGAAAGCUAUUUAUGACAGCGUUAAGGAUCUAACAGGAAAUGGUUUGAGUGGAAGACCUUUCGUCUAUCAAGAAGUUAUAGAUUUAGGUGGCGAGGCCGUAAAGAAAACCGAAUACACCAGCUUUGGAGCAGUGCUUGAAUUCAAAUACGGUUCCGAAUUGGGUAACGCUUUUCAAGGCCGUAAUGAUCUCCACUGGCUAAAAAGCUGGGGUCCACAAUGGGGUCUAUUAGAUGGACUUGAUGCUGUCGUCUUUAUUGAUAACCAUGAUAACCAAAGAGAUGGAUCGUCAGCUAUUCUUUCAUAUAAGAACCCAAAACCUUACAAGAUGGCAACAGCUUUCAUGUUGGCUCAUCCGUAUGGAACCACGAGGAUAAUGUCAAGUUAUGCAUUUGAUCAUCGUGAUCAAGGUCCACCUGCUAAACAAGCCGGUUUCAACACUGACAACACAUGUACAAACGGUUGGAUAUGUGAACAUAGAUGGCGUCAAAUUUACAACAUGGUCGGCUUUAGAAAUGCUGUAGAUGGUACAGGUAUCAAUAACUGGUGGAGCAACGGCCACCAACAAAUUGCUUUUGGAAGAGGAAAUAAAGGUUUCAUUGCUUUCACUUUAUACGGAGACAUCAAACAAAGCCUUCAAACCUCACUACCGGCCGGUACUUAUUGUGAUGUUAUUUCUGGUAGUUUAGAAAAAGGAUCGUGUACAGGAAAAACUGUAAAUGUUGAUAGCAGUGGUAAGGCCGCUAUUUCUUUAUCUACUAAUGAAGAAGAUGGUGUUGUGGCUAUUCAUGUCAACGCAAAAUUGUAAAGUUAUAUUUUUUUCUAAAAUAAAAUAUUCAAUAUUA